CAUCGGCUCAGCGGCACCAGUAGCGCACUGACGGCUCAGCGGCUCUGGCGCAGGGCCGACCGCGCUGCGCCGAGAUGAGGACCCGUGGGACGUUGCCGGUGCUCGUGGUGUUAUGGUGCUCGGCCGCCGCGGUCACCGGGGUCUCGGUGGCCGCCGCAGGGGCCGAGUGGGGUGUCCGGAGUGCCGGCCGAGUGCCGAGUGCCGAGGCGGAGCAGAGUGUCGCGGCGGUGGCCAGCGUGUGGCCGGUGUGUCCCUAUAACGCCUCCGUGCCGCUGGAGCAGCUCCUCAAACAGGAGCAGCUGCUGUUCGCCACUCUCUCCGCCGGCUCCGACUUCGACUCGGAGGUCAUGUAUAGCUACUGCUCCAGCAGCACCGUAUUCUACGAAGGAGACAUAUUUUUGGACGGGCUGCAGCCGUGGAGCCCUGCCGUCCAGCCGUGGAGCCCAGCCGUCCAGCCGGCCCCCGGAGCCGACCUCCGCUACGUGUACGACGGCGUGGAGCGGUGGCAGGACGGCGUCAUCCCUUACGUCAUCAACAUGACGCGCAAUGUGGAGACCACCGAGUACCUGAUGGAGCUGCUGGAGAACGAGACGGCCACCGCGUACCGGCCGCGCUGCGUCCACUUCCGGCCGUACCAGCCGGGUGACACGGAUCACGUGUUCAUCACCGACCAGUACCCGUGCAGCUUCUCGGCGGUGGGCCGCCGCGGCGGCCGCCAGAUCCUCAACAUGGGCGACAACCUCAGCGGAAAGCUCGGCCAGAUCCUCCACCUGCUCAUGCACGUGCUCGGAUUUUGGCACGAGAAUAACCGGCCCGGCCGAAGUGCCACGAUGAGCGUGGCCUACGAGAACGUCUCGGACGGCUACGCCUGCUACUUUCAGGAGUACACGGAGUCUCAGUCUGACACGCAGUACCUGCCGUACGACAUCUGGAGCAUCACACACGCCACCACCAACAUGUUGGCUAAGACCCGCGGCGCCCAGACGCUGGUGCCCAGGAACCCCUACAUCAACGACACCGUCAAAGGCUGGAUCGGCACCCGUAACUCGCUCUCUGACCUGGACAUCCACCGGAUUCGCUCCUACUACGAGUGUUUCCCGCCGGCGCCUACCGAGGCGCCGCCCACCGACCCGCCCGUGACGACCAGUACCGCGGCUGAGACCACCACUACAGAGCCGACCACCACUACAGAGCCGACCACCACUACAGAGCCGACCACCACUAUAGAGCCGACCACCACUACAGAGCCGACCACCACUACAGAGCCGACCACCACUACAGAGCCGACCACCACUACAGAGCCGACCACCACUACUUCAGAGCCGACCACCACUACUUCAGAGCCGACCACCACUACUUCAGAGCCGACCACCACUACAGAGCCUACAACCACUACGGAACCUACUACUUCUACUACGGAACCUACUACAACUACUACGGAACCGACCACUACAACCGAGCCAACAACAACGGCGCUGCCGACGACGCCGUCUCCCUCCGACCUGUGCGCCGGAGCCAGCGACGGUGACCUGGUGGCGUUCCCCAGCGACUGUCACAUGUUCGUCAAGUGUCUGCCCAGCAUCCAGCGCUGGUACCCGUGCUGCUGCGGCCGCGACCACUACACCAACGAGACGCUGGUGUUCCGGCCAGCCGGCCAGCAGUCGGCCGCCGGCUGCGUGCGGCCCCGCGAGGCGCCCUGCUCCACCGAGGGCCAGCCGUCGCGCUGCGACCUGCCCGACGCCGACACGUGUAACGGUGACCGGGUGUUCACCGGCAGACCGCCGCUGACUGGACGCGUCUGAGAGACGGGGACGGGGGCGGCCGGAGCAGUGGGAUGGGGGGGGGGGGGAGCUGGAGAGAACAGCGGAGCAGAGGGAGAGGAACGGAGAACAUGGCUGCAGUGGGCAAAUCAUUGAGGGACACAGUCUCACCGAUUGUCCGAUUGUCGUGGACCAUAUCAUCGCGGCUAAGCUAGCCUGGGGAUACCCGAAUAAAAUUGUCAAAGACCUCCGAUGAAGCGCAGAAUCUUAUUGUCAUUUGCCCCGCUAGUGAAUAUUAAUCCAUCUUUGUGUAAGUGGAGGCGUCGGCUCCACUGUGACUGCACAGCAAAGAAGCUCCACUUUGUACCAGGGAUUUCUAAUGCUGCGUGAGCAUUCGAUGAGUUUAACCGGCACGGCAUUUCUCUCAUCCUUCAGCUGAGCUGGAGACCGACUGAAGGAAUUAAAUUCAGAUUGGUAGAUUCUUAUUUCAAUGCUGCAAUAAAUUAUCUAAGGUGUAUGUACAUAAUGUUAUUUGUUAGGCAUCAAUAGACGAUUUAUUUAGUUA